UGGAAGCGUUGCUAAUGACUGGCGUGAGAUAUAUUCCUUUGUGAAGAACCUUACUGACCGGUUUGUGAGUCCGAGAAUGAGAGUCUCGUUCAUCGUUUUCUCUGCCCAAGCCAAAGUCCUGCUGCCUCUGACUGGAGAAAGACACCAGAUUGAAGAAGGUCUGCGGCUUCUGAAAGACGUGACUCCAGCAGGUGAAACGUAUAUGCACAAGGGAAUCGAACAGGCCAACGAGCAGAUAAAGCAACAGUCGGUCAAGUCCUCCAGCAUCAUCCUGGCUCUGACAGACGGGAAGCUUGCAGUUUAUGUUCACGAACUGACUGUAAAGCAGGCUCACGAAGCGAGGAAAUAUGGCGCUCGUGUUUACUGUGUGGGUAUCAAAGACUUUGAUGAGCAGCAGCUUGCUGAAAUUGCGGACACCAAAGACCAUGUGUUUCCUGUCAAAGAUGGCUUCCACGCUCUCAAAGGCAUUAUCAACUCUAUAUUAAAGAGAUCGUGCACAGAGAUCCUGAGCGUGGAGCCCUCCAGCGUCUGCGUGAAUCAGUCCUUUGAUAUUGUCCUCAGAGGGAACGGCUUUGCGAUCGGACGCAGCAAUGAGGGCGUCGUCUGCAGCUUCAUAGUUGGCCAGCAAACCUUCACUGAGAAGCCGAGCACGGUGCGUAACGACUACCUGCUGUGUCCCGCCCCGAAGCUCUAUGAAGUCGGACACCUCGUGGCCCUGGCCCUCAUGUGGUGGUUGUGGCCUCUGUGUUGCAAAGUGGUCAUCAAGGACCCGCCGCCGCCGCCUCCACCAUCCCGCCCUCCGCCGCCCAUCAUAUAA